AUAAGUUUGGAAGAACACAUUCUUCCUUAUAACUGUAUAAAAGUGUAUAAAAUACCCAUGCCACUGUGUUAGCUCUUUAUUAAGACUUCAGGACACACAACUGCUGUUUUUGGAAAUUGUGGAUUUUGCCGUGAAGACUUGUCUGUUUUAGCAAUCAAGGAACGUGAACCGACGACGCAACACAGAGCGCUCCUCCAAUAGGAGAUGAGACAACAACACUCACGCGCUAUUUAAAGUCAAGCAGGAAAUUUGGAGAGAGAAAGUACCAGUCACUUACCCGGACCGAAACACUCACUGGACGUACACGCUAUAUCCAUACAUUUUCGGGAUUUAAUCAGCAUAGAUGGCGGCUUCAAACAAGCAGUUAACGUCGUUUUUCAUAGAGGACAUUCUAUCUUUAAAAGUCGACGAGAGAAAUGACUCAUGUGGCAAUUUAUGCAAAUCUAAGAGCAGCAGAGGAGAAAGCGACAGCACUGACACACGAACAGAUUCAGCUGUCAUCACGGUUUGUCGGAGCGCUGAGGAUAAAGCGGCGUCGUUGACGGAGAUGACAGGCAGCGGCGGGAAAAAGAAGCGCUCGCGAGCUGCCUUCACUCACCUGCAGGUGUUGGAGCUCGAGAAGUUGUUCAGCCGUCAGCGGUACCUGAGCGCGCCGGAGCGCGCGCACCUCGCGAGCGCGCUGCACCUCACGGAGACUCAGGUCAAAAUCUGGUUUCAGAACCGGAGGUAUAAAACCAAACGGAGGCAAUUAACGACAGAGCACGACAAGGACUACUUUCAUAAAUCAGACGGAACCCCUUUGGUUACUACGGAGGGGGACUUUCUCAGAGCAUCAUUUUUAGCGACAGCGUAUAAAUCAUAUCCAUACCGGCCCUAUGUGUAUGACGUACACGGUCUGAGUGUAUGGAGACCAGCACUCUGAUGACAGGGACAUUAAACUGGACUUUGUGAAUGUUCUCAGAUUAUUGUGCAUGAUAUUCUUUAUUAUUAUGAUUUUUGAAUAUAUAUUGUACAGCUUUGUAUUAUGUGUAAUAAAAGUAUAUUUUUGAAAGGUGCAAGUAUUGUAAGUAUUGUGUGAAUGAGAUUAUAGCCCCAAAAGCCCCUCAAGUUUCUUUGAAACCCAUCAGACAUGAAAUCAGAGCACUCUUCUAAGAACUCAUUUAAAAAAAUAAAAAAAAACACGUGUAAAUAAUUUUGUCUUCAAUCUGUCCAUUGCACUUAGCAAUGACUGUGACUGUUCUUCAUCUUGAACACUUGCCAUAUUCACAGCCAUAAAGGCUGAUAAAUCAAUAGAAGGAUUCUUUUGUCAAGCAUGCGGGCCUGUGCUAAACAUAGAAGUUUAACAUUGCAACAAGAGAUAGCAAUCGCCCCUAUCCUUGUCUAAUUCGGCUAAGUUGAAUUCAACAGAGCAAUAGCUUAAACUGCCAGGACCGGAGGUGGUCUGUUGUCUGAGGGAUACAGGUAGGCUUCUCCAGGAAAGAUGACAUGA